AAGAGAAAACAUGGAAGGUGUAAAAUCUUCAGCAGAUGAUGAAAGUGAUGAUCAUCAAUUGAAUUGUUAUGGCUUAGUAUUCCCUGAAAAUUGUGAUACAUACUAUGGGCCACACAGUGUUGAAUGCCUUACAACUAUCUGGAUAUCAAAAGGUUGUUUAAGUGAAGGAACAAAAGCUCCAGUUAAAUUGGAUCAUGCUGAAAAAGAAGUGUUGGAUUUGCUCAAUGUAAAGGAAGUUUUGUACAAUAUCCAAUUAGUUCAAAUGGAAGCUGAUGGAGGUGAUAAAGAUAGGGGCUUGGAAUGUUAUGGAAUUGUUUAUCCUGAGAAUUGCAAUUCGUAUCAUGGUCCUCACUCCAUUGAUUGUCUCAUCGCAAUCUGGGACGAUGUGGGUUGUGAGCACAAAGGUUAUAGAUUUCCCAACAACCUCACAAUUCCUGAUUGUGAAUCAAUGAAAAAUUCAAAUUUGACAGCAAUAAGAGAUAACAUAGAAGGUGUGAAAUCGGCAGCUGAUGAUGGAAAUGAUGAUCAUCAAUUGAAUUGUUAUGGCUUAGUAUUUCCCGAAAAUUGUGACUCGUAUGAAGGACCACACAGUGUGGAAUGCUUUACCACUAUUUGGAAAUCGAAAGGUUGUUUAACUGAAGGAACAAAAGCUCCAGUUAAAUUGGUAAAAAAUGAAACAGAAGCCUUGGAUUUGCUUAAUGUGGAUGAGAUUUUUAUUACCUUUGAAACAAUUCGAAUGCAAGCUGAUGGUGGUAACAAAGAUAAAGGAUUGGAAUGUUAUGGAGUUGUUUAUCUUGAGAAUUGUGUUUCAUAUCAUGGACCUCACUCCAUGGAUUGUCUCAUCGCAAUCUGGGACGAUGUGGGUUGUGAGCACAAAGGUUAUAGAUUUCCCAACAACCUCACAAUUCCUGAUUGUGAAUCAAUGAAAAAUUCAAAUUUGACAGCAAUAAGAGAUAACAUAGAAGGUGUGAAAUCAGCAGCUGAUGAUGGAAAUGAUGAUCAUCAGUUAAAUUGUUAUGGCUUAGUAUUUCCUGAACAUUGUGACUCGUAUGAAGGACCACACAGUGUGGAAUGCUUUACCACAAUCUGGAAAUCAAAAGGUUGUUUAGCUGAAGGAACAAAAUCUCCAGUUAAAUUGGUAAAAAAUGAAACAGAAGCCUUGGAUUUGCUUAAUGUGGAUGAGAUUUUUAUUACUUUUGAAACAAUUCGAAUGCAGGCUGAUGGUGGUAACAAAGAUAAAGGAUUGGAAUGUUAUGGAGUUGUUUAUCUUGAGAAUUGUGAUUCAUAUCACGGACCUCACUCCAUUGAUUGUCUCAUCGCAAUCUGGGACGAUGUGGGUUGUGAGCACAAAGGUUAUAGAUUUCCCAACAACCUCACAAUUCCUGAUUGUGAAUCAAUGAAAAACUCAAAUUUGACAGCAAUAAGAGAUAACAUGGAAGGUGUGAAAUCAGCAGCUGAUGAUGGAAAUGAUGAUCAUCAAUUGAAUUGUUAUGGCUUAGUAUUUCCUGACAAUUGUGACUCAUAUGAAGGACCACACAGUGUGGAAUGCUUUACCACUAUUUGGAAAUCGAAAGGUUGUUUAACUGAAGGAACAAAAGCUCCAGUUAAAUUGGUAAAAAAUGAAACAGAAGCCCUGGAUUUGCUUAAUGUGGAUGAGAUUUUUAUUACCUUUGAAACAAUUCGAAUGCAUGCUGAUGGUGGUAACAAAGAUAAAGGAUUGGAAUGUUAUGGAGUUGUUUAUCCCGAGAAUUGUGAUUCAUAUCACGGAUCUCAUUCUGUUGAAUGUCUUGUAACAAUCUGGGAAGAAGUGGAUUGCAAGGUUGAAGGUUAUAGAUAUCCUGGCAACCUCACAGUUGAAGAUGUUGAUGCAUUGACAUCUUUGAAUUUGACAGCUGUAAGGGAAAACAUGGAAGGUGUAAAAUUUUCAGCAGAUGAUGGAAGUGAUGAUCAUCAAUUGAAUUGUUAUGGCUUAAUAUUUCCUGAGAAUUGUGACACAUAUUAUGGGCCACACAGUGUGGAAUGCCUUACAACUAUCUGGAUAUCAAAAGGUUGUUUAAGUGAAGGAACAAAAGCUCCAGUUAAAUUAGAUCAUGCUGAAAAAGAAGUGUUGGAUUUGCUCAAUGUAAAAGACGUUUUGGACAAUUUGGAAUUAGUUCAACUGGAAGCUGAUGGUGGUGACAAGGAUAGGGGCUUGGAAUGUUAUGGAAUUGUUUAUCCUGAGAAUUGUUAUUCGUAUCACGGACCUCACUCCAUGGAUUGUCUCAUCGCAAUCUGGGACGAUGUGGGUUGUGAGCACAAGGGGUAUAGAUUUCCCAACAACCUCACAGUUCCUGAUUGUGAAUCAAUGAAAAACUCAAAUUUGACAGCAAUAAUAAAAAACAUGGAAGAUGUAAAAUCAGCAGGUGAUGAUGGAAAUGAUGAUCAUCAAUUGAAUUGUUACGGAAUUGUAUUUCCUGACAAUUGUGACUCGUAUAACGGACCACACAGUGUCGAAUGCUUUACCACUAUCUGGGAAUCAAAAGGUUGUUUAGCUGAAGGAACAAAAGCUCCAGUUAAAUUGGUAAAAAAUGAAACAGAGGCCCUGGAUUUGCUUAAUGUUGAUGAGAUUUUUAUUACUUUUGAGACAAUUCGAAUGCAUGCUGAUGGUGGUAACAAAGAUAAAGGAUUGGAAUGUUAUGGAGUUGUUUAUCCUGAGAAUUGUGAUUCAUAUCACGGACCCCACUCUAUUGAUUGUCUCAUCGCAAUCUGGGACGAUGUGGGUUGUGAGCACAAAGGGUAUAGAUUUCCCAACAACCUCACAAAACCUGAUUGUGAAUCAAUGAAAAACUCAAAUUUGACAGCAAUAAGAGAUAACAUGGAAGGUGUGAAAUCAGCAGCUGAUGAUGGAAAUGAUGAUCAUCAAUUGAAUUGUUACGGAAUUGUAUUUCCUGACAAUUGUGACUCGUAUGAAGGACCACACAGUGUGGAAUGCUUUACCACUAUCUGGGAAUGGAAAGGUUGUUUAGCUGAAGGAACAAAAGCUCCAAUUAAAUUAGUAAAAAAUGAAACAGAAGCCUUGGAUUUGCUUAAUGUGGAUGAGAUUUUUGUUAACUUUGAAACAAUUCGAAUGCAUGCUGAUGGUGGUAACAAAGAUAAAGGAUUGGAAUGUUAUGGAGUUGUUUAUCCUGAGAAUUGCAAUUCAUAUCACGGACCUCAUUCUAUUGAAUGUCUUGUAACAAUCUGGGAAGAAGUGGAUUGCAAGGUUGAAGGUUAUAGAUAUCCUGGCAACCUCACAGUUGAAGAUGCUGAUGCAUUGAAAUCUUUAAAUUUGACAGCUGCAAGAGAAAACAUGGAAGGUGUAAAAUCUUCAGCAGAUGAUGGAAGUGAUGAUCAUCAAUUGAACUGUUAUGGCUUAGUAUUUCCUGAAAAUUGUGAUACAUACUAUGGGCCACACAGUGUUGAAUGCCUUACAACUAUCUGGAUAUCAAAAGGUUGUUUAAGUGAAGGAACAAAAGCUCCAGUUAAACUAGAUCAUGCUGAAAAAGAAGUGUUGGAUUUGCUCAGUGUAAAAGAGGUUUUGUACAAUAUCCAAUUAGUUCAAAUGAAAGCUGAUGGUGGUGACAAAGAUAAAGGAUUGGAAUGUUAUGGAAUUGUUUAUCCUGAGAAUUGUGAUUCAUAUCAUGGACCCCACUCUAUUGAUUGUCUCAUCGCAAUCUGGGACGAUGUGGGUUGUGAGCACAAAGGUUAUAGAUUUCCCAACAACCUCACAAUUCCUGAUUGUGAAUCCAUGAAAAACUCAAAUUUGACAGCAAUAAGAGAUAACAUGGAAGGUGUGAAAUCAGCAGCUGAUGAUGGAAAUGAUGAUCAUCAAUUGAAUUGUUAUGGCUUAGUAUUUCCUGACAAUUGUGACUCGUAUGACGGACCACACAGUGUGGAAUGCCUUACCACUAUUUGGAAAUCAAAAGGUUGUUUAACUGAAGGAACAAAAGCUCCAGUUAAAUUGGUAAAAAAUGAAACAGAGGCCCUGGAUUUGCUUAAUGUGGAUGAGAUUUUUAUUACCUUUGAAACAAUUCGAAUGCAAGCUGAUGGUGGUAACAAAGAUAAAGGAUUGGAAUGUUAUGGAGUUGUUUAUCCUGAGAAUUGUGAUUCAUAUCACGGACCUCAUUCCAUUGAAUGUCUUGUAACAAUCUGGGAAGAAGUGGAUUGCAAGGUCGAAGGUUAUAGAUAUCCUGGCAACCUCACAGUGGCAGAUGUUGAUACAUUGACAUCUUCAAAUUUGACAGGUGCAAGGAAUAACAUGGAAAGGGUAAAAUCUUCAGCUGAUGAUGGAAGUGAUGAUCAUCAAUUGAAUUGUUAUGGCUUAGUAUUUCCUGAAAAUUGUGAUACAUACUAUGGGCCACACAGUGUUGAAUGCCUUACAACUAUCUGGAUAUCAAAAGGUUGUUUAAGUGAAGGAACAAAAGCUCCAGUUAAAUUAGAUCAUGCUGAAAAAGAAGUGUUGGAUUUGCUCAAUGUAAAAGAGGUUUUGGACAAUUUUGAAUUAGUUCAAAUAGAAGCCGAUGGUGGUGACAAAGAAAGGGGCUUGGAAUGUUAUGGAAUUGUUUAUCCUGUGAAUUGUAAUUCAUACUACGGACCUCACUCUAUGGAUUGUCUCAUCGCAAUCUGGGACGAUGUGGGUUGUGAGCACAAAGGUUAUAGAUUUCCCAACAACCUCACAAUUCCUGAUUGUGAAUCCAUGAAAAAUUCAAAUUUGACAGCAAUAAGAGAUAACAUAGAAGGUGUGAAAUCAGCAGCUGAUGAUGGAAAUGAUGAUCACCAAUUGAAUUGUUAUGGCUUAGUAUUUCCCGAAAAUUGUGACUCGUAUAACGGACCACACAGUGUGGAAUGCCUUACCACUAUCUGGAAAUCAAAAGGUUGUUUAACUGAUGGAACAAAAGCUCCAGUUAAACUAGUAAAAAAUGAAACAGAAGCCUUGGAUUUGCUUAAUGUGGAUGAGAUUUUUAUUACUUUUGAAACAAUUCGAAUGCAGGCUGAUGGUGGUAACAAAGAUAAAGGAUUAGAAUGUUAUGGAGUUGUUUAUCCUGAGACUUGUAAUUCAUAUCACGGACCUCACUCCAUGGAUUGUCUCAUCGCAAUCUGGGACGAUGUGGGUUGUGAGCACAAUGGUUAUAGAUUUCCCAACAACCUCACAAUUCCUGAUUGUGAAUCCAUGAAAAACUCAAAUUUGACAGCAAUAAGAGAUAACAUGGAAGGUGUGAAAUCAGCAGCUGAUGAUGGAAAUGAUGAUCAUCAAUUGAAUUGUUAUGGCUUAGUAUUUCCUGACAAUUGUGACUCGUAUGAAGGACCACACAGUGUGGAAUGCUUUACCACUAUUUGGAAAUCAAAAGGUUGUUUAACUGAAGGAACCAAAGCCCCAGUUAAAUUGGUAAAAAAUGAAACAGAAGCCCUGGAUUUGCUUAAUGUGGAUGAGAUUUUUAUUACCUUUGAAACAAUUCGAAUGCAGGCUCAUGGUGGUGACAAAGAUAAAGGAUUGGAAUGUUAUGGAAUUGUUUAUCCCGAGAAUUGUGAUUCAUAUCACGGACCUCAUUCUAUUGAAUGUCUUGUAACAAUCUGGGAAGAAGUGGAUUGCAAGGUCGAAGGUUAUAGAUAUCCUGGUAACCUCACAGUGGCAGAUGUUGAUACAUUGACAUCUUCGAAUUUGACAGGUGCAAGAAAUAACAUGGAAAGGGUAAAAUCUUCAGCUGAUGAUGGAAGUGAUGAUCAUCAAUUGAAUUGUUAUGGCUUAGUAUUUCCCGACAACUGUGACACAUAUUACGGACCACACAGUGUUCAAUGUCUUACAACCAUCUGGGAAUGGAAAGGUUGUUUAAAUGAAGGAACCAGAGCCCCAGUUAAAUUAGAUCAUGCUGAUAAAGAAGCUGUGGAUUUGCUCACUGUAGAUGGGGUUUUGAAGAAUUUUGAAUUAGUUCAAGUUGAAGCUCAUGGUGGUGACAAAGAUAAAGGAUUGGAAUGUUAUGGAAUUGUUUAUCCUGAGAAUUGUAAUUCAUAUCACGGACCUCACUCCAUUGAUUGUCUCAUCGCAAUCUGGGACGAUGUUGGUUGUGAGCACAAAGGUUAUAGAUUUCCCAACAACCUCACAAUUCCUGAUUGUGAAUCCAUGAAAAACUCAAAUUUGACAGCAAUAAGAGAUAACAUAGAAGGUGUGAAAUCAGCAGCAGAUGAUGGAAGUGAUGAUCAUCAGUUAAAUUGUUAUGGCUUAGUAUUUCCUGAACAUUGUGACUCGUAUGAAGGACCACACAGUGUGGAAUGUCUUACUACUAUCUGGGAAUCAAAAGGUUGUUUAACUGAAGGGACAAAAGCUCCAGUUAAAUUGGAAAAAAAUGAGACAGAAGCUUUAGAUUUGCUUACCGUAGAUGAGAUUUUUAUUAAUUUUGAAACAAUUCGAAUGCAUGCCGAUGGUGGUAACAAAGAUAAAGGAUUGGAAUGUUAUGGAGUUGUUUAUCCUGAUAAUUGCACUUCAUAUCACGGACCUCAUUCUAUCGAUUGUCUCAUCACAAUCUGGGAAACAGUGGAUUGCAAGGUUAAAGGUCUUCAUUAUCCUGGCAAUUUAACAACUGCUGAUGCGGAUGCUUUGAAGUCCAUGAACUUGACAAAUGUCUCAGAAAACAUGGAAAGUGUAAAAUCAGCAGCUGAUGGUGGAAACAAUAAUCAUCAAAUAAAUUGCUAUGGGUUAGCAUUUCCUGAAAAUUGUAGCACAUAUUACGGACCACACAGUGUGGAAUGUCUUACCACUAUCUGGAAAUGGAAAGGUUGUUUAGGUGAAGGAACAAAAGCUCCAGUUAAAUUAAUAACAAUUGAAAAAGACAUCAUCAAUUUGCUCAAUGUGGAUGAGGUUUUAGAUAAUUUUGAAACUGUUCGAAUUGAAGCUGAUGGUGGUGACAAAGAUAAAGGAUUGGAAUGUUAUGGACUUGUUUAUCCCGAAAAUUGUGAUUCAUAUCACGGACCUCAUUCUAUUGAAUGUCUUGUAACAAUUUGGGAAGAAGUGGAUUGCAAGGUCGAAGGUUAUAGAUAUCCUGGAAACUUUUCAACUGCUGAAGCUGAUGAAUGGAAAAGUUUUAAUUUGAGAGCUGUAAAGGAAAACAUGGAAAGUAUAAAGUCAGCAGCUGAUGAAGGAAAUGAUGAUCAUCAAUUGAAUUGUUAUGGAAUAGUAUUUCCUGAAAAUUGUGAUACAUACUAUGGACCAUAUAGUAUAGAAUGCCUAACCACCAUCUGGAAAUCAAAAGGUUGUUUAAGUGAAGGAACAAAAGCUCCAGUUAAACUAUCAGUUGCUGAAAAAGACGUGUUUGACUUGCUUGAUUUAAAAGAGGUUUUGGAUAACUUUGAAUCAGUUCAAGUUGAAGCUCAUGGUGGUGAUAAAGAUAGUGGAUUGGAAUGUUAUGGAAUUGUAUAUCCUGAUAAUUGCACUUCAUAUCACGGACCUCACUCCAUUGAAUGUCUCAUCACAAUCUGGGAAGAAGUGGAUUGCAAGGUCAAAGGCUACAGAUAUCCCAAUAAUCUCACCGUUUCUAAUGCGGAUGCUUUAAAAACCUUAAAUUUAUCAGCAAUAAGAGAUAACAUCGAAAGUGUGAAAUCAGCAGCUGAUGAUGGAAAUGAUGAUCAUCAGUUAAAUUGUUAUGGAAUAGUUUUUCCUGAUGAUUGUGACACAUAUCAUGGACCACACAUUGUGGAAUGUCUUACAACUAUCUGGAAAUCAAAAGGUUGUUUAAGUGAAGGAACUAAAGCUCCAGAUAAACUAGAUCAUGCUGAAAAAGAAGCUUUGGAUUUGCUUAAUAUACAUGAGGUUUUGGAUAAUUUCGAAUUAGUUCAAGUUGAAGCUCAUGGUGGUGACAAAGAUAGAGGAUUGGAAUGUUACGGAAUUGUUUAUCCUGAGAAUUGCACUUCAUAUCACGGACCCCACUCUAUUAAUUGUCUUAUUACGAUAUGGGAAGAAGUGGAUUGCAAAGUCAAAGGUUACAGAUAUCCUGGCAAUCUAACAACUGCUGAUGCAGAUGUUUUGAAAUCUAUUAAUUUGACAGCUGUAAGAGAAAACAUGGAAAGUGUAAAAUUAGCAGCAGAUGGCGGAAAUGAUGAUCAUCAGUUAAAUUGUUAUGGCUUGGUAUUUCCUGAAAACUGUGACUCAUAUUAUGGACUAUAUACUGUGGAAUGCCUUUCCACUAUGUGGGAAUGGAAAGGUUGUUUAGGUGAAGGAACAAAAGCUCCUGUUGAACUAAACACAGCUGAAAGAGAUUUUUUGGAUUUGCUCACUGUAGAUAAGGUUUUGGAUACUUUCGAAUUAGUUCAAGUUGAAGCUCAUGGUGGUGACAAAAAUAAAGGAUUGGAAUGUUAUGGAAUUGCUUUUCCUGAUAAUUGCACUUCAUAUCACGGACCUCAUUCUAUUGAUUGUCUCAUCACAAUCUGGGAAGAAGUUGGUUGUAAGGUCAAAGGUUAUAGAUUUCCUAACAACCUCACAACUGCAGAGGCUGAGGAUUUGAAAACUUUAAAUUUGCGAGAUAUAAUGGCAAACAUGGAAAGUGUAAAAUCAGCAGCUGAUAAUGGAAAUGAUGAUCAUCAGUUAAACUGUUAUGGCUUGGUAUUUCCCGACAACUGUGACACAUACUACGGACCACACAGUGUGGAAUGCCUUGCCACUAUCUGGGAAUGGAAAGGUUGUUUAGGUGAAGGAACAAAAGCUCCAGAUAAACUUAAUGCUGGUGACAAUGAUGCUUUGGAUUUACUAAACCUACAUGAGGUUUUGGAUAAUUUCGAAUUAGUUCAAGUUGUAGCUGAUGGUGGUGACAAAGAUAAAGGAUUGGAAUGUUAUGGAAUUGCUUUUCCUGAUAAUUGCACUUCAUAUCACGGACCUCACUCCAUUGAUUGUCUCAUCACAAUCUGGAAAGAAGUGGAUUGUAAGGUCAAAGGUUAUAGAUUUCCCAACAACCUCACAACUGCAGAAGCUGAGGAUUUAAAAACUUUAAAUUUGCGAGAAAUAAUAGCAAACAUGGAAGGUGUGAAAUUAGCAGCAGAUGGCGGAAAUGAUGAUCAUCAAUUGAAUUGCUAUGGCUUGGUAUUUCCUGACAAUUGUGAUACAUACUAUGGGCCACACAGUGUGGAAUGUCUUACCACUAUCUGGGAAUGGAAAGGUUGUUUAGUUGAAGGAACAAAAGCUCCAGAUAAUCUUAAUGCCGGGGACAAUGAUGCUUUGGAUUUACUAAACCUACAUGAGGUUUUGGAUAAUUUCGAAUUAGUUCAAGUUGAAGCUGAUGGUGGUGACAAAGAUAAAGGAUUGGAAUGUUAUGGAAUUGCAUUUCCUGAUAAUUGCACAUCAUAUCACGGACCUCAUUCUAUUGAAUGUCUUCUAACAAUCUGGGAAGAAGUGGAUUGUAAGGUUGAAGGUUAUAGAUAUCCUAACAACCUCACAACUGCAGAUGCUGAAGAUAUGGUAUCCUUUAAUUUGCGGGAUAUAAAAGCAAAUAUGGGAGGUGUAAAAAAAGCAGCUGAUAAUGGAAAUGAUAUUCAUCAACUGAAUUGUUAUGGCUUAGUAUUUCCCGACAAUUGUGACACAUACUACAGCCCACAUAGUGUGGAAUGUCUUACCACUAUCUGGGAAUUAAAAGGUUGUUUGAGUGAAGGAACAAAAGCUCCAGUUAAACUUGACCAUGGAGAAAAUGAAGCUUUGGAUUUGUUGAAUAUAAAUGAGGUUUUGGAUUAUUUUGAACUGGUUCGAAUGGAAGCAGAUGGUGGUGACAAAGAUAAAGGAUUGGAAUGUUAUGGAAUUGCUUUUCCUGAUAAUUGCACUUCAUAUCACGGACCUCACUUUAUUGAUUGUCUCAUCACCAUUUGGAAAGAUGUGGGUUGUAAAGAAAAAGGCUAUAGAUUUCCCAACAACCUCACGAUUGCAGACUGUGAGGUUUUAAAACAUUCAACCUUGCGAGCUGUAAGGGAAAACAUGGAAGGUGUUAAAUUAGCCGCUGAUGGUGGAAAUGAUGAUCAUCAAUUGAACUGUUAUGGCUCAGUGUUUCCCGACAACUGUGACACAUAUUACGGACCACACAGUGCGGAAUGUCUUACAACUAUCUGGGAAUGGAAAGGUUGUUUAAGUGAAGGAACAAAAGCUCCAAUUAAACUGGAUCAUGCUGAUAAAGAAGCUGUGGAUUUGCUCACUGUAGAUGAGGUUUUGGAUAAUUUCGAAUUAGUUCAAGUCGAAGCUCAUGGUGGUGACAAAGAUAAAGGAUUGGAAUGUUAUGGAAUUGUUUAUCCUGAUAAUUGCACAUCAUAUCUCGGACCUCAUUCUAUUGAAUGUCUUCUAACAAUCUGGGAAGAAGUGGAUUGUAAGGUUGAAGGUUAUAGAUAUCCUAACAACCUCACAACUGCAGAUGCUGAAGAUAUGGUAUCCUUUAAUUUGCGAGAUGUAAGAGGAAACAUGGAAGGUGUAAAAUCAGCAGCUGAUAAUGGAAAUGAUAUUCAUCAAUUGAAUUGUUAUGGCUUGGUGUUUCCUGACAAUUGUGACACAUACUAUGGACCACACAGUGUGGAAUGUCUUACAACUAUUUGGGAAUCGAAGGGUUGUUUAAGUGAAGGAACAAAAGCUCCAGAUAAACUUGACCAUGAAGAAAAUCAAGCUUGGGAUUUGUUGAAUAUAAAUGAGGUUUUGGGUUAUUUUGAACUGGUUCGAAUGGAAGCUGAUGGUGGUGACAAAGAUAGGGGCUUGGAAUGUUAUGGAAUUGUUUUUCCUGAUAAUUGCACUUCAUAUCACGGACCUCACUUUAUUGAUUGUCUCAUCACCAUUUGGAAAGAUGUGGGUUGUAAAGAAAAAGGCUAUAGAUUUCCCAACAACCUCACGAUUGCAGACUGUGAGGUUUUAAAAUAUUCAACCUUACGAGCUGUAAGGGAAAACAUGGAAGGUGUUAAAUUAGCUGCUGAUGGUGGGAAUGAUGAUCAUCAAUUGAACUGUUAUGGUUUAGUGUUUCCCGACAACUGUGACACAUAUUACGGACCACACAGUGUUCAAUGUCUUACAACCAUCUGGGAAUGGAAAGGUUGUUUAGGUGAAGGAACCAGAGCCCCAGUUAAUUUGGAUCAUGCUGAUAAAGAAGCUGUGGAUUUGCUCACUGUAGAUGAGGUUUUGGAUAAUUUCGAAUUAGUUCAAGUUGAAGCUGAUGGUGGUGACAAAGAUAAAGGAUUAGAAUGUUAUGGAAUUGUUUAUCCUGAGAAUUGUGAUUCAUAUUAUGGACCUCACUCCAUUGAAUGUCUGAUCACAAUCUGGGAAGAAGUGGAUUGCAUGGCAGAGGGUUAUAGAUAUCCUAACAACCUCACAAUUAUAGAUACUCAUGUAUUGGAAUUCAUGAACCUGAGAUCAAUAAGAGAAAACAUGGAAAGUGUUAAAUCAGCAGCUGACGAUGGAAAUGAUGAUCAUCAAUUGAAUUGUUAUGGAAUAGUUUUCCCUGACAAUUGUGACACGUAUUAUGGACCACAAAGUGUUGAGUGUCUUACAACUAUCUGGACUAUAAAAGGUUGUUUAAGUGAAGGAACCAAAGCUCCAACAAAACUAGAUCAUAUUGAACUACAUGAAGUAGAUGUAAUAAAUAUCAGUGGCAUUUUACAAAAGUUUGAAGCAAUUCCAAUUGAAGCUAAUGGUGGUGAUGAUGGUAGCCAGUUAGAAUGUUAUGGACUUGUUUUUCCUGAGCACUGUGAUUCAUAUCACGGGCAACACUCAGUUGAAUGUCUCAUCACAAUCUGGGAAGAAGUGGAUUGCAAGGUCGAAGGUUACAGAUAUCCAAACAACCUCACAAUUGAGAAUGAUCAUUCCUUGGAAUUUCUAAACUUAAGAGAUGUAAGAGCAAACAUGGAAGGUGUGAAAUCAGCAGCUGAUAAUGGAAAUGAUGAUCAUCAGUUGAAUUGUUAUGGUUUAGGCAAGAAUUUUAAUUUGUCUUUAAUAAUGAAAUGUUCGAUAAUGUCUUUGUGUCUGUAUUAAACGGUUGUUGAUAUGAUUGUAGAUU